AUGUGCUUUGUUGUCCUAUAUUUCCAUUUUGUAAUUGAAUUAUAUUUUAUGCAGGAUGAAAACAAAACAGUCCCUGUGCCCUUGGACCAAGAUGUGGAGAGCGGUAACAAAGAUGAGCCUGAAAACUCUGAAGUGAAAAUAAGUACUUUUCCUGAACUGUGCAAUCCUCCUGCAGGUGGGACAUAUUUUCUUAUCUCUCGCAGCCUGGGACCUGAGCUUGGAGGCUCCAUCGGACUCAUCUUUGCAUUUGCCAAUGCAGUCGCAGUCGCUAUGCACACAGUAGGCUUUGCAGAGACUGUUCGUGAUCUACUAAUUGAAAAUAAUGCAGUCAUUUCAGACCCAGUAAAUGACAUCAGAAUCGUUGGUGUGAUUACUGUGACGGUUCUUCUUGCUGUCUCAUUAGCAGGAAUGGAGUGGGAAGCCAAGGCUCAGGUUGUCUUUUUUAUUGUGAUCAUGGUGUCCUUUGCAAGUUAUUUUGUGGGAACAUUAAUCCCUCCUAGUGAGGAGAAACAAGCCAAGGGAUUCUUCAACUACAAAGGAUCAAUAUUCAUGGAAAACAUUGUUCCCGACUGGCGAGGCGAAACUAGUUCCUUCUUUGCCAUGUUUUCCAUAUUUUUCCCAUCAGCUACUGGUAUCUUGGCAGGUGCUAACAUCUCAGGAGAUCUGAAGGACCCAGCAGUGGCAAUACCAAAGGGAACACUGCUGGCUAUAUUCUGGACAACUGUUUCAUACUUGGCUAUCUUUGCUACCAUUGGUUCAUGUGUUCUGCGUGAUGCAUCAGGUAUUUUAAAUGACACAAUACCUAUGAAUAAUACAAUGGAUUGUGAAGGGCUGAGCUGUCAGUUUGGAUGGAACUUCACUUCAUGCCGGGAAACAGAAAGUUGCUACUAUGGACUAGCUAACCACUAUCAGGCAAUGAGCAUGGUAUCAGCCUUUAGUCCUCUCAUCACCGCUGGCAUCUUUGCUGCGACACUUUCCUCAGCUCUGGCCUGUCUUGUCUCUGCUCCCAAGGUCUUCCAAUGCCUUUGCAAGGACAAACUUUACCCUUUCAUUGGAUUUUUUGGGAAAGGUUAUGGAAAGAACAAUGAGCCAAUUCGAGGAUACAUUGUCUCCUUUGCAAUUGCUAUUGCAUUCAUACUUAUUGCUGAGCUGAACACCAUUGCUCCGAUAAUCUCCAACUUUUUUCUUUGUUCUUAUGCUCUUAUCAACUUCAGUUGUUUCCAUGCCUCCAUCACCAAUUCUCCAGGCUGGCGUCCCUCCUUCCGUUACUACAGCAAGUGGACUUCCCUUUUUGGAGCUGUUGUAUCUGUGGUCAUCAUGUUUCUCCUUACUUGGUGGGCAGCAAUAAUUGCUGUUGCCAUAAUCAUAAUACUUCUGGGCUAUGUAACUUACAAGAAGCCAGAAGUAAACUGGGGCUCUUCAGUGCAGGCUGGUGCAUACAACAUGGCACUCACAUACAGUGUGAACCUAAGUGGAGUCCAGGAACAUGUCAAGAACUACAGGCCACAAUGUCUGGUCCUCACUGGACCUCCUAGCUUUCGUCCAGCUCUGGUAGAUUUUGUUUGCUCAGUUACAAAGCAUACCAGUUUGAUGAUUUGUGGCAAUGUUGCUAUUGUGAGUACUACUGGGUAAUAUUAUAAGGGUUUCAUCUUACCAGUUGAUCCUCUAAAUUAUUUUACAUGCUCACUUAGGGGCAGAUUUAUCGAGAAUCGAUUUUC